AUUUAGCCUUGAAGCUUGUACUUGUCAUUCAGAUAUCAGGAAUUUUAACACGACUAGGAACCAGCCAGCGGGGCACAACAAGGACGUUUAGAGUUAGAACCACGUCCCUCACACAGAGGAACCACCGGAACCACUGCUGGGAGCUGAAAUAGGAACAGGUGCUUAGAAAAGCGGCAGCUACAGACAGACAGCGCAGCAACAUGCAGAUGUGAAGACAGACAUCAGAAACCCUGAUCUUCAUCUCUGCGGUGGACAGGUGGACGUCUUCUUCAUCCCUUUUCAUCGUUCAUAUAAAUGCUUGUACAUGAGGAGAGCGGAGAAGCCCGAAGGACACAGACAGAUGCGACCCAAAACGUUCCCUGCCAGCAACUACAGUGGUAACAGCCAGCAGAUGCUGCAGGAAAUACGGAACAGCCUGCGAAACCUGACCAAGCCCUCCGACCCUCCUAAAGUAGACCCUGCUGGACAAGCAAAGAUGCUCCCUGAAGAUCAGAGGCACCAGGGGCGCUCCAGCACCCCAAAACAUUCCUACCACAAAGCGCUACAGGAGAUCCGCAAGUCUUUGGUGCCUUUUGAAGUGACUGGUUCACAGAGUAAUGAUUCUACCACUUCUGGCCCUGAUCUCAACAAGCUGGAACAACCAACUGCUGGGUUUGAGGAGGGCAACAGCAGCCGUCGCGUGAUUUACCAGGACUCGAUGAGGGAGCAGAUGGCUGCUGCCAACACCAACUCUACAGGCCUGAAAGCUCCAGGUCCGUCUCACAUGCAGCAGGCUGUGCUGCGGAGACCAAGUUGGAAAGGAUCCAAGGAGUCCCUCGCUCCUCGAAUGGGUCCCCUGGUGGUGGACGGCAUGAUGUACCGCUCUGACAGCCCUGGACCGCCUCCCGUUUACCCACAGGGCCACUCUGCUAGCAACCAGAGGGUGAACCCUCCGCUGCCCCCUCAGGUGCGGAGUGUCACGCCCCCUCCGAACCGCAACAGCAUGCCUCCCACGUCAUCCUGGGAAAGUAACCCAUCCACCAAGCGGUACUCUGGAAAUCUGGACUACCUCCCUCCGCGGAUGUCUCCGGUCCCCCAGGGCCCCCGGCCGGACAUGUAUCCAAACCCGGCGGUUCAGAAUCAGCGCUCUGCACCCCAUAAAUUCACCUUUCCUCCCACCUGGACUCAAAAUGGCUCCGCUCAGCCGGACUACAUGCAGGGAGGCAACCGUCAGCCUCCGCCGCCUUACUCCGUAAACAGCCGACAGGGUUCCAACGAGCCCCAGCCUGCUUCGUCUCCUUCGUACCUAAACGGAGGAAAUGUCCCUCAGUCCAUGCUGGUUCCCAACCGGAACAGCCACAACCUCGACAUGUACAACCUGGCUCCUCCUCAGACGUGGUCGCAGCCUCCUCUGGCGUCCAGUCAGCCGCACUCUGCGUCCGUCACCAACAUCAACCAGGACUUGUCGCCGUCGUGGCAGCACAACAUCCCGGCUCGCUCCAACUCCUUCAACAAUCGACCCACUCAUUCGUCCAGCUCCCAGCCAUCUGCGACCACCGUCACCGCCAUCACGCAGACACCCAUCCUGCAGCCGGUGAAAAGCAUGCGCGUGCCGAAACCCGAGAUGCACACCGCCGUCGCUCCAACGCAUCCACAGCGGAUACAGCAGGUUGCACCGUCGCCUCCUGCGCCUGCAUAUCCCGACCCGCAACCUGCGGUUUCUCAAGCGCCUGUCGGCGGGGAACCCCCCAACUAUCAGGGUCCGCCGCCACCGUAUCCCAAACACCUCCUCCCUUCGCCCGCCCCUCCGGCGUACAGUGCAGGCAGAGACGAGGCCACCGACGAGAGCAGCAGCGAGAAGGGGUCAGAAAGCAGCGAAAGCUCGGCCGCAGCCGAAAAGAAGAUCACUACGUCGCCCGUCCCGGUCCGCCGCAACAGAGACGAGGAGCGGAGAGGAGAAUCGGGAAGAAUCAGCCUGUACUCCCCUCAAGCCUUCAAGUUCUUCAUGGAGCAGCAUGUAGAGAACAUCCUGAAGAACCACCAGAUGAGGAUCCGCAGGAGGAAGCAGCUGGAGAGCGAGAUGCAAAGGGUGGGUUUGAGCUCAGAAGCCCAGGAGCAGAUGCGAAUGAUGCUCUCUCAGAAGGAGUCCAACUACAUCCGCCUAAAGCGAGCCAAAAUGGACAAGUCCAUGUUCAAACGGAUCAAGACGCUCGGCAUCGGCGCCUUCGGAGAAGUGUCCCUGGCGAGGAAGGAGGACACGGGGGCGCUGUACGCCAUGAAGACUCUCCGCAAGAAGGACGUGCUGCUGAGGAACCAGGUGGCUCACGUAAAGGCCGAGCGGGACAUCCUGGCCGAAGCCGACAACGAGUGGGUGGUGCGUCUCUACUACUCCUUCCAAGACAAGGACAACUUGUACUUUGUCAUGGAGUACAUUCCCGGCGGGGACAUGAUGAGCCUCCUCAUCCGGCUCGGCAUCUUCAAGGAGGAGCUGGCUCAGUUUUACAUCGCGGAGCUCACCUGCGCUUUGGAGAGCGUCCAUAAGAUGGGCUUCAUCCACAGAGACAUCAAGCCUGACAACAUUCUCAUAGACGGAGACGGACACAUAAAGCUGACGGACUUUGGGCUCUGCACCGGUUUCCGCUGGACACACGACUCCAAGUAUUACCAGAGCGGGGAUCAUGUGAGGCAGGACAGCAUGGACUUCAGUAAGGAUUGGGAAGAUCCAGCCAACUGUCGCUGCUCCAACCGACUGAAGCCCCUGGAGAGGAGAAAGGCCCGGCAGCACCAGCGCUGCUUGGCCCACUCGCUGGUGGGAACGCCAAACUACAUUGCUCCAGAAGUUCUUCUUCGAACAGGAUACACCCAGCUGUGUGACUGGUGGAGUGUUGGUGUCAUCCUGUAUGAAAUGGUUGUGGGACAGCCUCCGUUCCUGGCCAACACGCCGCUGGAGACGCAGAUGAAGGUGAUAACCUGGAAGAGCACGCUGCACAUCCCUCCUCACUGCAAGCUCAGCCCGGAGGCGUCAGACCUCAUCGUCAAGCUGUGCCGCGGCCCAGAGGACCGCCUGGGCAAGAACGGCGCCGACGAAAUCAAAGCUCACCCUUUCUUCAAGAGCGUCAACUUCUCCAGCGACCUCAGGCAGCAGGCGGCGCCGUACAUACCCACCAUCGCUCACCCGACGGACACGUCCAACUUCGACCCGGUGGAGCCAGAAAAGCUGCGCAAGAGCGACGACGAGAGCAACCACAACGACACGCUGAACGGUUGGUUCCGCAACGGGAAGCACCCCGAACACGCCUUUUACGAGUUCACCUUCCGCCGCUUCUUCGACGACAACGGCCACCCCUACAGCUGCCCCAAGCCCAUCGAGUCCGAGGGCAGCGAAGAGGACGAGGCGGAGCUGGACGACGCCGAGCAGGACAAACCUGGCCGAGACCUGGUGUAUGUGUAGUCACUGGUCGCAUGCUACGGAGACACGGGGACAUUUUUUAUUUCUUUUGCAUUCCCUCGCGUUAAAUUUGCAAACACACCUUGUUUUUCCUCAUAAGGCGUAUUUGACAGUCCGUGUAUCCACUGUAAAAAAAAAAAAAAGCACAAUUUUGCUAUUACAGCCUUUCCAUUUAAUAAGACAUGGAAUUAAAAUCAUGAGUCAUCAAAAAACAGAAUUCCUACAUGGAAAUAAAACAUAGGAGAAAGACGUUCAGUAUUCAUGAUGCCACAUUAACUGACUGCAUAUAUUAUUACAAGGGAAUGCAAAAGAAAAAAUGUUCCCCAUGUCCUCCAGGGGGCGCAGUAGUAUACAGACUCUUAGUAGUAGUUGUGUGUGAGAAAGGGGGGAUAUGCCAGAUGAAGCAUUUUAAACCUUGAACAUAGGAAGAAUAUUUUUGUCGGAUCGUAUCAGAAUAUGAUCGUAAAACCAGAUUUAAACGUUAAAACGGAACUGACCUGGAGUCAGUUUAUUGAAAACUGCUGACCUUAUUCCCUGAGGGUAUCACUGAGAUCAAAUAAAAACUAAACUAAACUGUUAUUUUUACCGUUUUAUCCACAAGAGCACUAACUAAUUAAACACUGUGUGCAGCUUAUUGACCUAAAUCCUGAUUACUAGGAUCACAAAACCUUAGAAAGAUUCACCAAGAAAUCAGCUGUUGAUGAUUUUCAGAUUUAUGACUCUGACCGAGACGUGCUUCAUAAUAGUGAGAGAGAGCAAGACUCUCAGCAGAUAACAGGAAGGCUAAACAGAGUAUUGCUCCGUUUUAUUUUUCUAAGUGUUUAACUUGCAGUUAGGACAUUUAUCACAAUAAUUUGUUGUAUUUAUUCACAUAAAGCACUGCAAAACAGAGCACUAUAAAUGUAUUUAAUCUUAUUUCCUUAUUUUAUUGAUGCUCUUAUGAAACCAUGACGGGAACAAAUGGUAAACGUCACAAUCACAACCAUACCAGGUUCUUAACAUUUGUAAGGAUCAGUCAGUUUGUCGUCAUAAUGAUUUGUUGAAACUAUGUUUACAGAUUAAUGUUAGAAUAAUUUCCCCACCUCUGGCACAAAAAGAUACAGAUCUGUUUUAUUAAGGGAAAACAUACAUUUUAGUCAUUUCUAAUAGAAAUGGUUAAACAGUUUAUCAUAUAUUAAAACAGUAAAAUCACCUCUGUUCCUAGUAAAGUGACAAUAUUUUCUCCAAUAACCCUAAAAAUCAAUAUCAGAGAAUGAGAAAUUUGUGACUUUUGCAAAUAAUUUUGUAGUUUAAAAGUGAUUAUUUAUUUCUCUUAUGCCAGUGAGGAGUAAUUGAUGUCAUUCCUAAAGAUUUAAACUCAGAUCUUUAGGUCCUCAGUCUUGUUGCUUAAUCCAGAUUUUAAUUUGUCACAAUUUCUCUAAAGAAAAAAGCAUUUUAAGCCUGUUUGUGCACAUCAAUAGUAAAUUACUGUUACAGAAUCAGAUCUGCCUGCAUGCAAAACUAACGGCAUCAAUUAGUAAUUCCAUUUUUAAUGUAAAUAUUUUGAAGUUUCGACCAGGGUGACAACUUAUCGCAACCCCCCAGUAAAGCCUUAAUUUAUUGACGCUAGUGUAGAUGCUGCUCAAGUCUAUUUUUUUUAAGUCUUAAUUUAUAUUGUAGUUUAUUGCGAAGGGGAUUGUAGAAUUGUGGUUGGUAUAAUUCACAGGGAAAAUCACUCUAAUUAGUAUUCAUUGCUGUGCCUUUUUGAGUUACUUUUCACCACAUAUUAAGACUGGCAUUUAAAAUGAGUAGCUGUAGCUGAUUGUACUGCAGUAGGUUUGUUUUAUUUUUCUAAUUUAUCUAAAAUGUAUUUAUAAAUUAAGUUGUACACCAUGGAUGUAAAUAUGUUCUCUUCCCUUUAAGCUGAUUUUUUUUCCUCCCCUCUUUUUGGGCAGGCCCUCUUCUGUUAAUAUGUACUUUAUUUCUGGCACUAAUUUACAGAACGCUGUUUUAAAGUUUGUUUUAGGUUUCAUGCUCACAUCUCAACCAAAGCACUAAAUAAGGGUUUAUUUUUUUCUUCUUUUUACCAACUUCAGAAAGUAACAGUAAUGACUUUUUUAUUUUAUUAUACUUGAGCACUUAAUUACUGCAAUCUUUGGUCUGAAGUUUUACUUUAGUUUAAAAAAAAAAAAAAAGAAACACUAAAGUUACCUUAUAUUUUGUUUUUCUGCCCCGCUGUAUUUUUUCUGUGUAGGAAAGAAUAUCUGAAUGUAGUUUAUUGAUUUAAUAAUGACCGUCAUUCUGCACUGGUUUUAAUUGAGAGAAUUUUAUUUUUGUGUACAUUUUUGCUCAGAGGUUUGGGAAGAGGGUAAUAAUAAAAAAAUAAUUUUCA